UGUCAUUUUCCACAACCUCAUCAUCAUCUCUCUAAUGAUAUAAAAAUCAAACAUCAUCAUAUAUAUAAUAAUGUAUUAGUUGAGGUUGUAGAAUUUUCCUUGAAAUAUUCAACCAUAACAAUUAGACACAGAGAGAAGGAGAGAGAGAGAGAGAGAAAGAGAUGGCUGAGCUGCAGAAAUCAUUAGCAUCAUUCAGGAGACAAGGUUCAUCAGGAUUAGUCUGGGAUGAUAAAUUCUUGUCUGGUCUAAAUCAGAACCAACUAGAAGAACAACAACAACAACAACAGAGUACUACUGCUGGAUCAACGUUGGAAAGAAGCAGAUCAGCUGGAGCAAGAGUACCAUAUAGGUCGGUCAACGUUGCACCACCAACAAGGGACCCACCUUCUCCUAAGGUUGCAACAUGUGGUUUUUGUGGUUUGUUUGGAAAACCUGUGGCUGCUGCUAACACACAUAAUCCAAAGUCAAGAAAAAGAAGGUGAUUAUGCUAAUUUGUUUUCUAUGUUUCUUUGAUUGGUGGUAAUGAAAUCUACAACCUGUAUGUAAAUUAGUGCUUGAUCAUGAUGUUGUUGUUUAUCUUUUAUUAAUAUUAAUGUUUGGUUUUUGGUUUCAAUUUUGUGUGUUUUAUUUGGGAUUGUAAAUUCUUAGAACAUAUGGAUAUGUAUGUAUGUAUGAAAUAAGCUUGCUCAAAUUUUGUCUAAAACCAAUGGUUUUUCAA